CGCGUCUGGCGUUCAUUUCCCCUUUCCUCAUCUUUUCUGGUUUAAGGACUGGAGUUUUCUCAAUGGGAAGGAGAAGAGGGGAAAAAGAAAGAGAAAAAAAUUAAUUAGAUAUAUAUAGAAGAAGAGAAGAAUCGUUAAGAGAAAAUUAACUGACAAACAAAUAAGAGCACGAGGAGUCAGCGAAGGAAACAUCUCUCUCUUCUUGCUCUUGAUCGAAGCACCGACGCUCUUUACUUGAAAACCCUAAUCAAUGGCUUCUUGAUUGGUAGGAAGGUUGGUUGAUAGCUUUUUAACCAGAGACGUCAUCUGAUCAUAUGAAGUGUUUACUUCCUUGGAUUGUUUCUCUAGCCACGGAUUUGGAUGUACUGUUUUUGCACGUUCUUCUAUCGAACAAAUAUUUUUGCAGAUUUGCGGAGGUGUUUUAUUUCUUCUGCAGGUGAUCAGAGUGAGACUGAAUUCUUGCUCUGGAACCAUUCAUUUAUUAUUGCCUUGGAUCUGCAACCUGAGAAAGGAGAGGCUAGACUACUAUGGCUGAAGGUGAUGAGAAUAAUGGUAUUGAGCUUAAAUUUCGCAUUUUCGAUGGAACAGAUAUAGGCCAUCGUAAAUACGCAUCAUCGACUACCGUAGCAAGUCUUAAGCAAAGGCUUGUUGCUGAGUGGCCGGCAGAUAAAACAGUGUCACCAAAGUCACAAAACGAUCUGAAACUUAUACAUGCCGGUAAAAUUUUGGAAAAUGGAAAGACACUUGCUGAUUCCAGAAUUACCUUUGGGGAACUUCCUAGUGGUGUUAUCACCAUGCAUGUAGUUGUACAGCCACUUGCACCUAAAAAGAAGACAGCAAGCAAGAAGAACAAGGGGGAGAUGCAGAAGCUGAAUUCUUGCUCCUGUUCCAUCCUUUAAUUUGGGAAGCAGGUCCUGUUCCUGAAAUUUUAAUGUCUUUGUGUACUUGCUGUCCUUUAUGAUUCAGUCCACUGUUACAAGAUCAAAAUGGCAUUGUCAGGAUAGUUGGUGAGUUGUGUUAAUGUUGUAAUUAGUUUUCUUCUGUAAAAUGCCAAAGGGGGCAGUUUGUUUUUUUUGCUUUUUUUUGUUUUUUGUUUUUUUAUGCCACAACAAAAGUUCCUUCUAUGUUUGGUUUCUUCCGUGGUUCAAGUUUGACGCCCUGGUUCAAAUGUUCCUGUACUUAGUGAAUUAAUUGAGAUGAGCCUCCCCUACAUUGGGUUGGCAGUUUAGGUGUUUUAUA